UGCAGGUAUGAUUUGUCGUUACUAUUACCGAUAUAGUGUUCUUUGGGGGUGAAAAUAAUAUAGUGAUGAAAAAGCGAGAUAAGGUUGGCAGGUCUGCAUGCGCUGCAAAGAUAGCGACGCCUGGCAUCCCCAUGCAAACCUCUCCGUUUCAUUUACCAACGCGUGUCUGCGGCUCAGUCUCCCAGACACUCCUCCGCCGCACCAUUCAGAUUGACACCUUAUAUCAAACCAAGAACACACCAUCCCCACCGAAUCUUGUUCGUCUGUGCCUACUCUCCUGCAUAAAUUUGAAAUGAAAUUCAAGCUGCUUCACUACUCUGUUUUCUUGCUUUGAUAUAUACGUAUAUAUAUAGGAUGGAAUUAGAUCCGAGCGUGGAGUGGGAAAUCGUGAAUUAUUCUCCCAGUUUUGAGGAAGAAGAUGGGGAGGCCGAGGCUGAGAAGACGAGAUUGGGAUGGGUUUUGAGUGCGGGAUUGAGCGUGGGGAGGAAGCUUGUGAUCACGGGAUUUGUUGUCUCGUCUGUUCCUCUGGUUCUUCCUUCCCUCGUUGUUAUUUCCGCGCUUGGUUUCGCCUUCUCGGUGCCGUUCGGGGUUGUGUUUGCUAGCUAUGCGUGCACGCAGAAGGUCAUGAGUCAACUGCUGCCUUCACCUGCAGCCCCGAUUCAGACGAUGGAAACAGGUUUGGCAGAUGAAGAGGCGGAGGAAGAAGAAGUGGUACCCUCCCGCGUUGACUUGGAGGAAAAAGAAGAAAGGGAGGCCGUCAAGGAUGGGGUUGAGAUGAGAAUUGAAUUGGUGGAUGAUGAUUUUAGGGUUAGGGAUGAGGCUGGGAAGGAACGGGAGACCGGUUUAGGUAGCGCAGGUGAGUUUAGGGAUCAUGACGUUGGGUAUUUGGAGAGAGAAGAUGACGAGUUGCUGAACAUUAAUGUGAAAUCUGGUGGAGUAGAUGAAGUAGAAAUUGAACGACAAUUGGUGGUUGAGUCAAACGAGGACAAUGAGAAGUCAGUGUUGGUUAAUGGCGUGGGGCCUGAUGCUGGGAUUGGGGAUAGUGCUAUGGAAAUAGAUGAUUAUGCUGUGGUCGCCCAAGAAUUGGGGGAGACAGCGCAGGAUGAUGCAAGAUUCACUCUGCCAAUUUCACAAGUUGGAACUGAUGACUUAUUGGAGGAUGAGGGAAAGAACAAUGUCGGAAACAGGGAAGAUAGGGAAAAAGUUUUGGAAGAAAAAGAUGAACAAGUGGAGAAAACCCUUACUCGGGUGAAGGGGAAGGCGAAGGACAAGAACCGUCGUGCAAAGGGAAUGAAGCCGGCAAAAGAAGAGAACUUUGAUGUGAUCAGAGUUCCGCAGAAGAGGAAAGAACCCAAUGGAGAUGAGGAACAUGAGAGAUUAUCCGGGAAAAAGAUGGAAUUAUUGGAAGAAACUAGGAUUUCCACUGAGAAUAACUUGAACAUGGGCCAAGUUGAUGUGGAAGGAAAAAAGGAAAGAAUUGAAGAUGAUCCGAGUAGCGUAUUGAGUGAGAAAGAGCAAACUGAUGGAGAAAAACCUGUAAUGCCUAGGAAUGAAUAUCUGGAUGUUAAGCAACCAGUUCUACCGGAGGGUCAUCGUGAUGCAUUACUGAUUGAUGAUGCAGGGAACGUCGAUGUUUCGACAGAGAAAGAACAUGAACCUAUUAGCUUGAAGGAAAUGCAGGACUUCCAAAGUGUCAGGGAGGAUACCGUCGCUGAUGCAUCCUACAAGAUGGACAAAGGGACUAAUGUGACUCUAGGUAUGGUAGCUGAGAAUAACAAUCAGUCCAGGAUGGUAGCUGAUGACGGUGGAUAUUCGGUGGAGGUGGCUGCCAUAACAGGGACGCCUGCAUUGAAACAUGACGAGGCAGCACCCGUGGAGUUAGAAGAGGGAAAAGAUGCUGGUGCAGGAUAUAGUGGUUUACAUUCUGAUGAGGAACUGUCUCGCGACGAAGAUAUUUGGAAAAAGAUUGAUGCAAUCAGAGUGAUAGUUGGGUUCAACGCUCCACGCCGUGUUUCAUAUGUUGAAGAACUUAAGGCGUUGUACCUAUUCACUGGAAUCGAGCCUCCAUCUUCAUCCAUGGACUCUUCCGACACCCUACAGUUCUCCAAUAAGCUUAACUUCCUCAUGUCUGUCAUCGGUCUAAAAUGAUGGACAACGGCUCUUAAUCCAGUGUGGGUUCUCUUAAAUCUUGGCAUUUCUGUGUUGUUUGUGUUGGCCAAGAAUCGUGUGUCAAGGGUCGGUGACUUGAUGGUUUUUCAGUAUUCGGACAUUAUUGUAUUUGUGUUUAUAUGAUGCUUGUGUUGGGCCCUAGAAACAUCUUAUGGCAUCGAUCAAACUGCGUUGGCGCCAUCUUAGUUAAAACUUUUCGGAACCUUAAAAGCAUGAGGAUGGUAGUUAUGUGAUUGAAAAAGGGAAUGAACGGGAAAGUGUUAUUGGUC